CUCAUCGACGCUUUUCUACGAAAAUUCAUUUCGGGAAAUUCGCGACAAUUUUGUAUUUUCGCUCCUGUCCAAACUUUCGGGUGCGUAUAAAAGGGCGGUCAGUGUGCAGCUCGGGACAACUGCUGGUCCUGUCUUCACUGGAGGUUUAAGUUUGUACUAUAUAUCCAACCGUAACCCACCAUCAUGCUGGACGACGAAGAGGAGGAAGCCACCGCGCUGGUUUGCGAUAACGGCUCCGGUAUGUGCAAGGCCGGGUUUGCGGGGGACGACGCGCCGCGCUCCGUGUUCCCCUCCAUCGUGGGCCGGCCCCGUCACCAGGGCGUCAUGGUCGGCAUGGGCCAGAAGGACGCGUACGUCGGGGACGAGGCACAGAGCAAGAGAGGCAUCCUGACCCUGAAGUACCCGAUCGAGCACGGCAUCGUCACGAACUGGGACGACAUGGAGAAGAUCUGGCACCACACCUUCUACAACGAGCUGCGCGUGGCGCCCGAGGAGCAUCCAACUCUGCUGACAGAGGCGCCGCUUAAUCCUAAGGCUAACCGAGAGAAGAUGACACAGAUCAUGUUCGAGACGUUUAACAGCCCGGCCAUGUACGUGUGUAUCCAGGCGGUGCUGUCUCUCUACGCCUCCGGCAGGACAACAGGUCUUGUGCUGGACUCCGGAGACGGCGUGUCCCACACAGUGCCCAUCUAUGAAGGUUACGCCAUGCCGCACGCCAUCCUGCGGCUGGACCUGGCCGGCAGGGAGCUGUCCAACUACCUCAUGAGGGUCAUGUGCGACCGCGGCUACUCAUUCGUCACAACAGCCGAACGUGAGAUCGUCCGUGACAUCAAGGAGAAGCUGGGCUACGUCGCGCUGGACUUCGAGCAGGAGAUGCUGACCGCGGCCACCUCCACGUCCCUGGAGAAGAGCUACGAGCUGCCUGACGGACAGGUCAUCACCAUCGGCAACGAGAGGUUCCGCUGUGCAGAGGCGCUCUUCCAGCCCUCCUUCCUUGGAAUGGAGUCUGCCGGCAUACACGAGACGUGUUAUAACGCCAUCAUGAAGUGCGACAUCGACGUGCGGAAGGACCUGUACGCCAACACCGUGCUGUCCGGCGGCACCACCAUGUUCCCUGGCAUAGGGGACCGUAUGCAGAAGGAGAUGGUGGCCCUGGCGCCCAGCACCAUGAAGAUCAAGAUCAUCGCUCCUCCCGAGAGGAAGUACUCCGUGUGGAUCGGCGGGUCCAUCCUCUCCUCCCUCUCCACCUUCCAGACCAUGUGGAUCACCAAACAGGAGUACGACGAGUCGGGUCCGGCCAUCGUGCACAGAAAGUGUUUCUAAACUCCCGUCAAAAGUUUUAGUCUCUAUUUUUCAUUCUAUCAUCGUGUCAUUUCGUCUUACCUCUGUCACCGGUCCUGCCAGGGCAUCCUCACUCCCCAGGGCACAAAGUCCCGCGAGGGGCAUUGCCCAGUAAUGUGUAGAUGUAGAUGUAGAUGUAGAUGUGUCAUGUCAGACUCCAUCAGACCAUGUCUAAUGUUACGGUACUAACAUUCAUCCAGUGUGUGUUCGUUAACCCGACCAUCAUGUAGUCCUCCAUUUGUACUGUCAAAAAUCUCGUAAAAAGUGUGAACGUCUAGAUCCAUGCUGUCCAGUCGUGUAAUAUCACCAACAAACAUUUCAUUUAGAAGAAUGUUUAGUAGUAGUCAUGCGCCAUGCAUGGAAGAGACCUGUCUCACACGAUACUAUAAUGUUACACUGUUCUUAAUGUAUAGUUUUAGAGCCUCGUUAUAUUUUGUGCGUGUCUUUAUGCUUACAUUCUAAACCAUUUCAUGGGUAUGGCAGUUUACUAAACUGUACAUGGAUCUUUUUAGUGUAGCGAUAGUGUAGCAUUCUGUGUUAGAUUUAAUGGUCACAAACUGUUUCCUAAUGUGACAAAUUUGGAAAAAAUGCAUUCACUUGAAAACCGCCAUAUCUUGGGCACGCUACAGUCAUUGUUGAUUUAUUCCGUAACAAGACGAUAGACAAAAUGAUAGCGUUAUAUUUACAGUAUCCACGUUCUAUGAGCUUUGCCCACAGCUGAAAUAUGUACAUGUAUCUGAAGAAGUUAGUUCAUGUGUCAAUAUAUCAUGUCGAUAUCGCGGACCAAACUUUAUAUUUGUAACUCUGGUAUUUUGAAAUAAAUAUUUCAUAUUUAGCGGAA